AUGGCCUCCGAUAACACGCCGUCACCGCCGCCUAACGAGACGAGCGCUCUGCUCCCAAAAUCCACCAGCCGGAUCUCCAUCCCGGGCUUCUUCCGCUCCGCCUCGCUCUUCUCCCUCUCCAAGGCCGACCAGGCCCUCGGCCAGUCCGCACCGUUGGGCGACCGCCUGCCCUACAACGACUACACCACCAUCGAUUGGCUCCGCGACUUGACCAAAGACUCGUCUCGCGCCCGCCGUCUCCACGCCCGCCCGGGCAUCCGCGGCCGGCUGUUGCGCUGGUUCGACCAGAGCCAGGGGUGGAUCGCCGCCGCCAUCAUCGGCCUGCUGACGGCCCUUGUCGCCUUCGUCGUUGACGUCUCCGUGGCGACGGUGAGCGACUGGAAAGAGGGCUACUGCGGGACGAACGCGUUCCUCGACCGGGGGCGGUGCUGCUGGGACGUCGCCGAAACCGACUUGUGUGAUGCGUGGAGGCCCUGGGUCGACGGGGAGCAGGAGGGUGGAUCGUACGUCGCCGGCUACGCCAUCUACGUCCUUUUUGCGCUGCUGUUUGGCGUCGUCGCGGGAAACGUAACGAUGACGACGAAGACGUCCCUCCCGGCCGUCGACGCCGACAGCGUGGUCACGACGGGCACCAUGGCGGAGGGCAAGACGAUGUACAUGGCUGCAGGCAGCGGUAUCCCCGAGAUCAAGACGAUUCUCUCGGGGUUCGUGAUCCCCCACUUCCUCGACCUCAAGGUGCUGGUCGUUAAGGCCGUCGGUGCCACGUUUGCCGUCUCGACGGGUAUGUGUCUGGGAAAGGAGGGCCCCUUUGUGCACAUCUCGACCUGCGUCGGCUGGCUGGUAGCCAAUUGGUUCCCCAAGUACCGCGACAACCCGCGCAAGAUGCGGGAGAUGCUGAGCGUGGCGUGCUCGUCUGGUCUGUCUGUGGCAUUCGGCGCGCCGAUUGGCGGUGUGUUAUUCAGCUACGAGGAAAUCAGCACGUACUUCCCACGACGUGUCUUGUGGAAGGCCUUUCUGUGUUCUCUCAUUGCGGCCAUCGCGCUCAAGGCCUUGAAUCCCACGGGGACGGGCAAGCUGGUGCUGUUUGAGACGAACUACGGCGUCGACUACGACCCCGUCCACUACAUCGUAUUCGCGUUCCUCGGGCUCUGCGGCGGAGUGUUUGGCGGCGUUUUCUGCCAGGCCAAUUUCCUCUGGUCGAAACGCUUCCGCAAGUACGACAUCGUCAAGAAACACCCCGUCUUCGAGCUGUGCGGCGUCGUCCUCGUCACCGCCCUGCUGCAGUACCCUAACGUCCUCAUCCGCGACACGGGCGACGUGUCGCUAUCCAAGCUGCUGGUCGACUGCAAAGACCCGACGGGCGAGUGGAUCUGCGAGCAGGAGCAGGGCAGCGACAAGACAGCGUACAUGCUGCGGCUGGCGGGCGGCGCCGUCAUCAAGCUCCUGCUGACCAUCAUUACCUUUGGGUGCAAAGUCCCCUCGGGUAUCAUCAUCCCCGCGCUGGAUGGCGGCGCCCUGUUCGGCCGGCUUAUUGGUCAGUUCAUCGGGGACAUAUCGCCCGGCAUCUUCGCCAUGGUCGGAGCGGCAGCUUUCCUCGCGGGCGUGAGCAGGAUGACGGUAAGUCUGGCAGUCAUCAUGUUCGAGCUGACGGGCGAGGUGACGUAUGUGCCGGCCUUCAUGUGCGCCAUCUUGACGGCCAAGUGGGUUGCGGAUGCCAUCUCGUCCGAGUCGGUGUACGACCUCUCGCAGCACCUGCUAGGCCACCCAUUCCUCGACGCGGAGCAGGCCUAUGAAGUCGUCCGCCAUCGAGAAGCCACGGCUCGCGAGCUGAUCCCACCGCCGGCAACAAUGAAGGAGAUCACCCUUCGGACGGGACGGGAGUAUCGAGUGCGGAAAGACGUGCUUGCAGAGAAGCUGCGGAAGCUCAAGGGCAGAGGGCUGAUGGACGCGGGACUCGUGCUGGUUAACGCUUCCGGCCUUCUUUUCGGCUACUGGCCCGAGGUGGAAAUAGAGUACGCCUUGCAGAUGGAAGACGAGGGCGAGGAGGAGAUUGACGUGCGCAGCGAGACCAUGACGGAGCUGAUUGACCGGACGCCCAUCACCGUCAGCGCCGAGGCGCCCAUGGAGUAUGUUCUGGAGAUGUUCGGGAAGCUGGGGCCGAGGUACAUCAUCAUCGUCGAGCCAGAGACCGCCAAGGUGCUGGGCGUCGCGCUCAAAAAGCGGCUGCUAGACUUUUUAGAUCGGGUGAAGGAGCAUUGA